AUGGCGCACCUACCGGACACACCUCGCACAGAGGUUGGCGACACGACGCGCUUCACGAUCAACGAGCCCUCGUUCAGCAUGGAAGAGACGUUCCAUGCGCCCACAGACCGCGACAACCUCUUCAAACAGAUGAGCGGCGCCCGAACACCCCGACAGCCGCUUGCUACCCGACGUCAGCUGAACGCGAAAAACGAGUUCACGCCCAUGCUGAAGAGCGCAACCGCGAAUCGGACGCGCCAGGUCAACGGACUACUGGACGGAAAGCUCACAACACCCGCCGCGAUGAAGCCAGGCUUCCAAGUCAGCAACACCCCGCUGCCCGAGGCGAGCACAUUCGACAUACAUUCGAGUUCCUUCGCCGAUUCCGUCGAUGGCCGGACGCAGCUGCCAGACCCCAACUCGAGUACUAUGAGUACACCUACAGCGCUACCGCGACGGGCCGAGGGCGAGAUGGACAGCGGAAAUGGCAACGUACUUACUCUGAGGGAGCAGGAGGCUCGUCUGGAGCAGAUCGACAAGGAGAACUUCGGUCUCAAGCUUAAAAUUCAUUUCCUCGAAGAGAAUCUGAAAAAGAUGGGCCCUGAGUUUAACCGACAGGCCAUGGAAGAGAACAUCAACCUUAAGUCGGAGAAGGUCACAAUGGCGCGCGAUAUAAAGAACUACUCGAAAGACCUCAAAGCCGCCGAAAAAGAGCUAGACACAUACAAGCAGCAGUUACGGGAGUACGCCGAAAAGGUCAAACGGCGGCACGUCGAUGAGGGCAUGCGCGAAGAGAUGGAUGAGCUUCGAAGGCUGGCCGACGAACGUGCCGACGAGGUGGAGCGCCUUGAAAGGAAGCUUGAAGAAGAGAAGGGUGCCGAUGAAGAGUUGGACAAGGUCAAAGCAGACCUGGAGCACACACAAGCGGAGCUCACAAGAAGAGACGAGUUGCUAGACGAGCAGGAGGAGCAGAUGAGAGACUUGGAGGAGCAGCUGAAGAACGCGCAAAAUUCACAGUCUGCUGACGACGAGGACAAGGACCGCCAACUCAAGGACCAAGCUGAACGCAUUGCUGAGUUGGAAGCACAGUUGCAAUCGGCCAAACAGUCACAAGAAGAUAACUUUGCGGAAAAGGACCGUCAAAUGGCCGAUCAAAGUGAGAAGAUCGAGCAUAUCCAGGAGCAGCUUCGCGCAGUCGAACGUGAAAAGGAGGCCGAGAUCAACGCCCUUAAAUCCAAGCUUGAUUCCGCUACUCUCGAGAAGGAUCAGGAAAUACGAGAGCUGAACGAAAGCCUUGACGAAGCCGAAAACGACCUCGAAGCCGCAGAGGAGCAAAGACGUCGUGAGAUUGCCAUGGUUGAGGAGCGCUUACGUUCGAUGGAGCGUGAGAAGGAUACCGAACUCCGGGAGCUGCAGCGGCGCCUUCAGACUAUUCAGAACGAAAAGGAAGCUGAGAUGGAUGCUCUACGCGAACGCCUGGAGCUUGCAGAGUCUCAGGGAGACAACCAAGUCCAAUUAGCGCAACAAUCCGCCAAUGAUGCUAGACAAAAGGUGGUUGAGAUCACUCGCGAAAAGGGCGUUGAGAUCGAAUUAUUGCAGUCGAGAGUCGACGCCGCUGAAUCAAGAGCCGAUGAGUUAGACGACUUCCGCAAGCAACACCAAGAUGCGAUGCAGCAGAUUGCACGUCUACAACGGGAGGCGUCCGCAUACGAGCAACAGUUGCAACAGCUCCGACGUGAUCUCAAUCAGAAGGAUCGCGAGCUAGAUGGAUUGAAUACGAUACGACGUGAGCGCGAUGAUGCGACUCAAGAACUGACAGGCCUUCGUUUAAAUCUAAACAGCAAAGACGCUCAGGUGCAGGCGCUCAACAACGCUACACGGGAACGCGACAACCUCUCGCGCGAACUUUCGAAUCUUCGUCGCGAGCGCGACAACCUGGUCUCGAAGAUGUCGAGCAAAGACGAGCAAGUGGAGGUUUUACGCAGAGGCAACAACGACCGCGACACCUUAGUAGCCACUCUUCGACAGGAACGUAAAGAUAUCGAGAGCGAAAUGCGUAAUCUGCGGUCCGCUGUGUCUGGCAAGGACACACAGAUUGAAGCACUUCAGAAGAUCACACGCGAACGGGAUGCGCUGUCUCGAGAUCUGUCCAGCUUGCAAUCAACAUUGCAAGCCCGUGAGCGUGAUAUGGCCGGUCUGCAAAAGAAGAUUGAAGCGCAAGAGGCAACACUCCAAGAGCUUAAGCAACUCAGGAAUGACCUUAGUGACAGAACACGAGAGCUGAAUACAGCACGACAAACGAUAUCCGACCGCGAAGCUGAGCUUGAUGCCUUAAGGAGCCACGCCGACGAGCCCGACACCCAGAUCGACGUCAUGCAGGAUCUAGUACGCAAGCGUGAUGAUGAGCUUGAGAAUAUACGCGAGGAGUUAAAUGAACAGAGGAGCCAAGUUGACGCUCUGCAACGACUAGCAGAAGAGCGCCUGGAAGCUCUGGAGGAGCUCAGGGAGAACGCCCGUCGGGAGAAGGACGACUUCGAAGCCGAGAUAGAAGUUCUGCAAGAAGACGCCGACGAAGUCGCCGAGGAGAAAGCCUCGCUUGAGGAGAAGAUAACCGUUCUGGAGUCUAUGAUACGUGACAAGGAGAGCCAGAAUGGAGCUUUGCAAUCUGAGUCCCGUGCAGCACAACGAGAACAGAAGGCUGCUCUUGAGAACAAGAUUCGCGAUCUUGAAUCACGAAUCCGCGACAAGGACGCUCAACAUCGCAAACUCCUAUCCGAAGCCAAGUCGGCAACGCGCAAUCAGCAAUCAGCUCUUGAACGUCAACUACAAGACCUGCAGUCACAUCUUCGCGAAAAAGAGUCACAGCUGCGUCUCAUACAAGCGUCCUCGAAGGCGAUCCAACAAAAGGCCAACCAGGAUGCGAUUGAUCUCGACGAACAGGCGGAAACCCUCACAAAACGCCACAUCAAGGAAAUCAACGGUCUCGCUAAGCAAAUCCAGUUCCUCCGCGCACGAUGCUCGCGAGCAGAGGCGUUCCGUGAAGCCCUUGGGUACCAAAAGAAGUUCUUCUUGAUGCAGAUUCAAACUUACAACGAAUGUAAUCAAGAAGAUCUCAAUCUCAUCUCUCAGAUGGGUAUUACCCCCGACGUUACGGUGCACGACCGCCGACCCAAGCUCAAGUCUGCGAUUAUCGCUGUUGUCGCUGCGAUCCGCAUGCAAAAGCUAGCUGAUGGCUGGGCGCAGAACAGAAAAAUUCAUGAACAGUUAAAAGCCAAGCUAGAAAGUAUGAGGCGGAAUAGUGGAAGGAAUGUGGGUGUGCCAACUAGCGCUAGAAAGAGUGUGGGGGGUUCACAUUUGAGGAUUGCGAGGUAG